CUGGAUCCCUUGGUUCGGGGCCGCAUAUGAAUUUGGAAAGGCCCCCCUGGACUUUAUAGAGCGAGCCAGAGGAAAGAUCUAGUGAUAUUCACCGUUACCUCUGUCGACUGUGUGUCGUUCAUCCCAUUAUGCGGUUAUCGUUCCUCGGAACGGUGAUGGUAUUUAUCCGGCAUUUACUCUCUGCCAGGACUGUACUGAGUGCCGAGGUAGAAACAAGCUGUUCCACUACACCCAUAGCCGGGAUCAUGGUUUUGGCACACGGUUGUUCUUACCAGAACGUAUGGACCAAUAUUCACAGUAUUUGCCCUGGGAAACCGCAUGACUUUUGUAACCGAAGAAGAAGGUAUUAACACAUUUUUUAAAUCAAAAGAAGUGAGCUUUGAACUAGCAGUUCAAAAUCCUGUCUAUCACACAGCAUCGAUUUCAAAGGAAAUCUUUUUUCUGAACCAUGACAAGCUCUAUGGCUUAAUGAAAGGGAAAAUGAGCACGUCCAAUAUGCACCAUUUCUUUGGAAAGUUGGUUGAAGAAUUACAUGAGCACCUAGAGUAUCUAGGCACAGAAGGAACUCAGGACCUUUGUAACUUGGUAAGGAAUGUCCUGUUCCCAUCCUCAGUGAAUAUUCUCUUUGGGAAAGGCUUGUUUCCAACAAGUCAGAGGAAAAUCAAGGAGUUUGAAGAGCAAUUUCGGAUCUACGAUGAAGGUUUCGAGUUUGGGUCCCAGAUGCCCGAAUGCCUUUUAAGAAACUGGUCAAAAUCCAAACAGUGGUUUCUGAGACUUUUUGAGAAGGCGAUUUCUGACCUCGAGACAAGCAAAACUUCAGGAGACGAGUCUAAGACACUAAUGCAGAAUAUGCUGGACAUCUUAAAGCAGGAAAUAAAAAAUGAACACACGGGGCCCAGUUACGCAGUAUUACUUCUUUGGGCUUCUCAAUCCAAUGCUGUUCCGAUUGCAUUCUGGACUCUUGCAUUUCUCCUGUCCCAUCCUUCUAUUUACAAGAACAUCAUGGAAGAUCUAACUUCAGUAUUUGGCAAAGCAGGUAAAAGGAAGAUUCAAGUCUCUGAAGACGAUCUGAAGAAGCUUCCACUAAUUAAAUGGUGUGUUUUGGAAGCCAUCCGAUUAAGAGCUCCUGGUGUCAUUACCCGGAAGGUGGUUAAGCCAGUGAAAAUUCUGAAUUACACCGUUCCUUCAGGCGACAUUUUGAUGCUGUCUCCAUUUUGGCUACAUCGAAAUCCAAAGUACUUUCCCGAACCUGAAGUGUUCAAACCUGAACGUUGGAAAAAGGCAAAUUUAGAGAAGAAUGCUUUCUUGGAUUGCUUCGUGGCAUUUGGAGGAGGGAAGUGCCAGUGCCCAGGGAGGUGGUUUGCUCUAAUGGAAAUUCAAAUAUUUGUUAUUUUAAUCCUCUACAAAUAUGAUUUUACUCUAUUGGAUCCGGUACCCAAGCAGAGUUCUCGCCAUUUGAUAGGCACCCAGCAACCCGAAGGGCCAUGCAGGACUAAAUAUGAACAAAGAAAAUGAAAUCCCGCUAGCCUGAAAUCCGGGCGACCACCAGCGCUGAAUUGCACUAAACUUGUACUGCAUUAACUGAUUCAUGCUUCAUUAAGCGCUUAGUACAGUGCCCUGCACACAGUAAGCGCUCAAUAAAUACGAUUGAUUGACGCGUUAGUUUAGGCAAGGGUCCAAAUCUCAUGAACGUUUGGUGCCUUAAUGAAGAACAAAAGAAUGGAAGUGAAAUACCAUUGCAGUUCUAAAGUAAAACUAGAGGUAUCGGUUAAAAAUGUUUAGAAGGCUCAAAGUAGAAUUUUGAACAAGGGUGUUUUGGUUUUGGUUUGGUUUUUUUUGGUUUAAGCAAUAACUAGAUUACUAUAAAUGCAAUUUUUCUCAAGAGCUUUUCCCCAGUUGUUAUGCAUGUUUGGAAGAGACUCUUAAAGCAUAAAUCAAUUGUGAGGGAAACAGAUCUAAUUUCCAUUCUAUUUGAGAUCUGCCUCCUGGUUCACAUUGUUUAUUGGCAAAUAAUAGUAGGUUUGGAAGAUUUUUGAGUCUCUAGAGUGCUUCCGAUGUUAACAACACUUGUAGCUUUAACCUUCUGUUAAUAUAUUCUAUAAACAUAAGUAUUUCCAGUAUUCAAAACGGGGAUAAGAUGGUAGAUUGGUACUGAGAAAUUAGAAUCAGUCUUUGAGAUAUCUUUAAGUAUCUUUUAUUGGGGGGAAAUCAUAUAAAUUAUACACGGAGUUGGGAAUCUGAUUAGACACGUCUUAGCCACAUGUUUAAGCGUAUUGAAUGUCUAUCACAAAACCUGGGAAAGGAAAGAAAUCAUGUGGUAGAGGUGUGAGCGGGGUCGGUAUGGGGGGAGGAUGACAGGUGGGAAAACGAAAUCAUGUACUUGCACUUUAUUGCUCAAUAAAACGUUGGCUACCAA